UCUUACUUUUUAAUGUGGGUGAGAGCAUGUUGACUUGAAAAGUAGCAGAUACUUAUUUUGCAUUAUAAAUGAGGGGGUUUCUUGCAGCUCCGUGGAGGAGGAGGAGGAGGAGCAGGAGGAGGAGGAGGAAGAAGAGGAGGCAGCGUCUUCAUCAUGUCCGUAUCCUCGCUGCCCGAGUGGAAGCAGCUGCUGCUGGAGAGGAAGAGGAGGGAGGAGGAGGAGCGGGAGCGCCGGGAGAAGGAGGAGGAGGAGAAGCUGGCCAGCAUGCCGGCCUGGAAGAGGAGCAUCCUCCAGAGGAGGCGGGCCAAGCAGGAGGAGAAGGGCGGCGACGGGGAGGUGCUGAGUGACAGCGAGAGCUCCGCGGGGGUCCCGCCGGGGAGUGAGCGCUCGCUCAGCCCUGACCCCGCCCCCCAGCGGCCAGACCCCGCCCCCCAGCGGGCCGACAAGCUCCUCCACGACCGCGUCUCCAUGGAGACCAUCGUCCCGGUGCACGAGAACCCGUUUGUCCGCACGCAGAGCGGGGGGUGGCGGGGGGGAGGAGGGGGAAGGGAGAGGAGCCGGGGGGACGGAGGAGGCCCGGUGAAGGAGAGGGAGAGGCAGGUGGAGAGGUGCAGGACGGGGAGGGAGGAGAAGGAGCAGACGAGAGGGAGGAGAGAGGAGGAGAGGGAGAGGAGGGAGCAGGAGGCGGCCCCCUGGGCGCCGAGCCUCCGGACCUUCCGGGCGGAGAACAUCAUCAUCAUCGAGCAGGAGAACCAGAACGCCUUCCAGAGCCGAGCCAGGUGGAGGGAGUGGGAGGGGGAGGGGCCGGAGGAGCAGGAGAGACGAGGAGGAGGUGGAGCUGGAGGAGGAGGAGGAGGAGGAGGAGGAGUGAGGAUGGACCUCAGGGAGCUCUUGGCCGGAGGCGGGAGCGUGACGGAGAUCCGAGCCUCCGAGGUCCUGAUCAUCAAACCCUCGUCCAGCCCGGAGCGGAGCCUCCACCUCCUCGCCUCCGCCCUCGGAGCGAAGGGGGGGGAGGACGGGGAGAGCAAGAGGAGGGACGGGAGGGAGGGGAGACGGGGCGGCGGCAGACGAGGCGGAGGAAGAGAUCCCAGGAGGGACCAGAGCCGAGAGGCCGGCCGGGCGGAGGGGGCGCCGCUGCGUCUGGACGCUGCGGCGGGGGAGCGCGGGCACCGGGUCAGCCAGCUGCUGAGCCGCUUCGGCGAGCACCACCACCACCUCCCCGGCCGCUCCAAGAGCUCCGAGAGCUUCGUGAGGAUCCUCCAGGGCAAGGAGGCGGCGUCCGACGGCAACAGCGAGGACGAGGAGGAGGAGGCCCGGACGCGGGAGGUGAACGGGAAGAACUCGGCGCUCCGCGGCGUUCCGAAACGUUCCUUCAGCUUCUCGGACCGAGCCGCGAUCACCAAGGACAACGGCGUCAACGGUGACGGGCGCCACGGCGACGAUAAGAAGGCGGUCGAGGGGUCUCUAAGGGUCAAGGAACCGCAGGGGAACCGCGGAGAUGACCUCGAGGUGUGCGGCGUUCCGGACGCCGGCAGGGGUGGAAAGGCGGCGGCGGAGGGGGUCCGAUCUGCUGCACGCAGGACCACCGAAAAGGCGGCGCCCCCGGCGGACCGGAGGAGCCUGGAGGCGGCGGACGACGUGGAAGGAGACAAGGGAUUCACGGUGGUCCCGGUCCGGAACACGGAGGGCAUCGCCUUUGCCCGGAGGGUCCCUCUGCGGCUGGAGGGGAGGGCGGCGGUGGCCCGGGCCGUCCAGGGAGGUGGGGGUGCGUCGGAGGUGAACGAGCGAGGGGCCGACGCCCACCUCUACCGCGACGGCCGCGGCGAGGGGUGUCGGCCCGCGCUGCCGGUGGCGGCGGCGGUGGGGACCCCCCCCCGCGGGCUCCUGGAGAUCCAGAUCCCCCGCACCGUCUUCUACGUGGCGGCGGAGGACCCCGCGGAGAAGAGGAGGAGGAGCUUCCCCGGGGACGAGGGCCAGGAGGGGGGCCGGGUUGGCGGGGUUGGGGGUAGCGUGGGUGGAGGCAUGGACGGGGUUGGGGGUGGUUGUCGGGACUGUUGUGGUAGCGUCGGUAGCGUUGGUGGUGGUGGUGGUGGGGGUGCUGAUCGGGGCAGUGUUGGUGGAGGCAUGGACGGGGGCGGCGGCGGUCGUGACGACCACCGGGGCGAGGCGGUGGAGAGGAGGGACAGCUGGCGGGUGGGGAAGCCCUUGAGUCGCGUGGAAUCCCUGCGAGAGAAGAUCCGACAGAGAGAGCGGGAGAAGCGGAUCGAGAGGGAGAGGGAGGGAGCCAUUGAUCUGGAUCUGGAUCUGGAUCUGGAAGGAGAAGGGGAGAUGGAGAGGGAGAGGCCAGGAAAAACCACCGGGAGCGAGACCCUGCAGGACACAAGGUCCGGGGACGGAGCGGAGACCACUGGCAGCGGCCAGACCCCCAGCGGUGUCCGCUAUGAGGCCGGGGGAGCCGAACGCGACGAGGAACCAGAAGCGCCCGCGGCUCAGGCCGAGGACCGCUCCGACAAGCAGGAAGUCCUCGGAACGCAGGCCUCCGCUGACGUCAUGCAGGAAGUGUGCGCGUUUAAAAAAAGCCCACAGCUUCCUGUUUCGGGUUCAUUCCGCGCAGCCGUCGCAGACGAGGAAGUCCCGGUCGCUGCAGCAGCGGAGCCUCCCUCUGAACCUCGCCCCGGAGCCCUGCGGUCCUCGUCCGUCGACCACGACGGAGACGGUUACUACGACGACGACGACGGAGACGGGGUGGACCUGCUGCGGCAUGUCGAGGAGGAGCUGAGCAGGCACGUCGGCUGGCACCGAGCGCACGAGGGCGGCGGCGGGGAGCGACAAGAAGAAGAAGAGGAGGAGAAGGAGGCGCGAGAGGAGGAGGCGCAGAGACAGGAAGCCGGUUCCGCCUCGCCGGACUACUCCUCGGAGGGUCUUAGCCCCUCCCCGCCGCCGUGCCUCAACGCCCCGGGCGAGAUGAGCCGGAUCUACAACGUGAAGGCGGUGAGCGCCACCCGGACCGCCGGGUGUUCCCGGUCGCCGGGAGCGUCGUCGGUGGAGCUGCUCAGGGUGACCCCCCACCUGCCCCCGGCGCUGCUCACACAGCUCCGGGGCGGUGGUGGUGGGGGGUCCCAGGGGGACCUCAAGCCCCGCCCCCCCGGGGACGUGGUGCCCGGGGCGCCGUCGCUGCAGCGGCGCCUGGAGAAGUUCCAGCUGAAGGAGCCGGCGGAGGCGGUGGGCCCCCCGAGAGUCCAUGAACCCAGGGACUGGAUGGCGUGUCGGAGGGACCAGGGCACCUCGUCCCCCACGCCCCGACUGCCCGCCUGGUCCCAGCGAGCGGGCUCCCCCUCCAACCACCAGGGACCGGCCCAGUCCAGCCCCUCCACCCAGCACGGGACCCCCACCACCAGGGCCCCGGACGCCCUCCUCAGGAGCCCGUCGCCCGAGGGGGCUGCGAGGGCGUCCGAGUCCGGCCCCACCCCGUUCUCCUCCCCGGUUCUCUGCUCCCCGGCCCAGUCCCCCAGCACCUCCCCCUGCCCGCCCUGCUCCUCCACCUCCUCCACCUCCUCCUCCACCUCCUCCUCCACCACCUCCUCCUCCACCUCCUCCUCCACCUCCACCUCCUCCUCCAGCCCCUCCACCACCCUGUUCUCCGUCAGGAGCUCGUCCAGGGGCCAGGGGAACCGGGGCGCCACCACCAUCACCAUCUGCCCCAGGAGACCCACUGCAGACGGAGGAGGAGGAGGAGGAGGAGGAGGAGGAGCAGCCGAGGUGACGACCACAGCGACCACCCCGGUCCAGACUCAAACGUCCAACGACCUGGCGCCCCCCAAGGUGGAACCGAAGAAGAAGAGGUUCCCCAGGGUGGAGGAGAUCGAGGUGAUCGGUGGAUACCAGAACCUGGAGAGGUCCUGUCUCUCAAAGAACAGGGACACCGCCAAAAGAGUGAAGGUGUGUUUCUCCGAGGCCCAGCUGGAGCAGGUGUGUGAGUACCCCUCAGAGUCCUCCAUGAUGGCCGCCGCCCGCCUCCAACCCCCCGACCCCGAGGACCUCACCCCCCCGGAGAAGGAGGAGGGGGGCUGGUACGAGGAGGAGGAGGAGGAGGAGGAGGAGGACGAGGGGGGCCUGAGGGGUCCGGAGACCACGGCGACCCGGGUUCUGAAAAUGAGUCUGGCCCUGGGUAGAAGACACGCCCCCCGCCACAUCAUGAGGUCAUCGUCAUGCUCUGCCCAAUAGGAAUGGACCAUGAACUCUUGAGCUGCGAUUGGUCAAAUGGUCCAUAGAAUGCGACGCACGGAUGUGAAAUAUGUCCAGGUUCAGGGUCACCAGGAAUGUUCUUGCAUGAGGGUCAAUGUGGAGUUGAAAUGCAAAGAGUAGGUUUCACGGAAGAAAAUCUAGUUUUAUUGUGUUCAAGGAACAAAUCAAAUCCCAUGUCCACGUUUGUUAUGUCCUAAAGAUUGUUAUGAAGAGAGUUGUGUUUAGUUUCUGGCACUCAGCUUUAGGUACUGGGCGAGGAUCACUUGUCUAUGCAAAGCAGUGUUUUAUUGCGUUUGGCUUCCAAACCCCCUUGUUACAGCUGGGGUAGGCUGUUUUUUUUUCGAGGCUUUGUUUGAAAUUCUCUUUACAUCGCGACAGCAAUCAAUCAAUCAAAUGAUCGAACAAAAAGAAAGUUAAGAAUAUGGUAUCUGUGGCUUUCGCAGGCUUUCCAAUCGAAUUGGAUUGGAUACUUUCAAAAUCUGGAAUACUCUGCCUGGUUUCCCCAAUUGCCUACCUCAGCUUUAACUGAAGGAGCCUAUGUUAAUUUGAUAGUUCGAUAUUUUAUCUAUAUUUACUGAACCCUCAAACGACAGCUCAGUAUUGCCUCAGCCUCAUAAAAGUUUUUUAUGUGCCUGAUGGGGGUUCCCAAACAGAUGCUAUAUCCAUGAGAAAUGUUCAAAUGUUCUUGUUUGAAGCCUUUUUGUCCUUUUUGUUUUUCUGUUAGAGUGUUUGCGCCACCUAGUGGUUAGAACACUCUUUAAGGGGCUUCGUUGAGCCUUAACUGUUCUAAGUGAAUCGCGUGGAUCGACGGCUCCGUCUCAGUUAGCUAGUACAUUCAGCAAACAUGGUUAAAAAAAAUGGUAAACACGUUUUAUUAUGCGUAUAUUUCAUUUAUUGUCCUGCUGCAAAAAAAGUAUGUGUGAAAGGGACUUUUGUGUGAACACAUGCAGUUUGCUACAGAAUUGUAUUCUACUGUCGAUCGUAUCGGACUUGGAGUCGAUUUGUGUUUUGUUGUUUUUGUAAAUUAUUGUUUCAUUUUGGUGAAAGAGAAAGGGUGAAUUAUUAAAGUUGAUCAGCAUUUCAUUCAAUUUUAUUUUAUGGUUGGAGAAGCUGGCUUCAAGAGGGAAAUAAAAAAAGAUAUAUAUAUAAAAAAAUCUGUGAAGUAUGAA